AUGGGUCGUGGGCCGAUUCAGAGUUGGUUGGCGGCCGUGUGUGUAGUGGCCUUGGCCGUGGUGGAGCUUUGUUAUGAGCAGGUUAUGGCGGAACCCCAAGUUCCUUGUUACUUCAUAUUUGGUGAUUCAUUGGUGGACAAUGGUAAUAACAAUAACAUCCAAUCGUUGGCAAGAGCUAACUAUCUACCUUAUGGGAUUGAUUUUCCCGAUGGACCAACUGGAAGAUUCUCCAAUGGUAAAACCACAGUCGAUGUCAUUGCUGAGCUAUUGGGAUUCGAUGGUUACAUUCCUCCUUACGCUGCUGCUAGUGGCCAAGACAUUCUCAGGGGAGUGAACUAUGCAUCUGCAGCUGCAGGAAUUAGAUCAGAAACUGGCCAGCAAUUGGGCUCCCGGAUUGAUUUUACUGGGCAGGUAAAUAAUUACAAGAACACGGUUUCACAAGUGGUGAACAUACUAGGGGAUGAAGACUCCGCUGCAAAUUAUCUUAGCAAGUGUAUAUAUUCAGUUGGCGUGGGAAGUAACGAUUAUCUCAACAACUAUUUCAUGCCUGCCUACUAUUCGACUGGCAGGCAAUUUUCUCCUGAACAAUAUGCCGAUGUUCUCGUUCAACAGUACUCCGAGCAAUUACAGGCACUGUACAAUUAUGGAGCAAGGAAGUUUGUUUUAAAUGGAGUGGGUCAAAUUGGAUGCAGUCCAAAUGCAUUGGCACAGAACAGUGCUGAUGGCUCGACAUGUGUACAAAGGAUUAACGCUGCAAAUCAGAUAUUCAAUAAUAAACUCAAAGCACUUGUUGAUAGCUUCAACAGCAAUUCGCCAGAUGCAAAAUUUAUCUACAUAAACGCCUAUGGGAUUUUCCAGGAUUUAAUUGACAAUCCCUCCGCCUUUGGCUUUAAGGUUACAAAUGCAGGAUGUUGCGGUGUGGGGAGGAAUAAUGGGCAAAUAACAUGUCUCCCAUUUCAAACGCCAUGUCAAAAUAGAGAUGAACACUUAUUUUGGGAUGCAUUUCAUCCCGGUGAACAUGCCAAUAUCAUCGUCGGAAGAAGAUCGUACAGUGCCGAGAAGCCAUCGGAUGCCUAUCCCAUGGAUAUUCGCCGCUUAGCUCAACUGUGA